CAAUUCAAAAGAAACAAAAGCUAACCUCAAAAUUUGCGUUUCUUCUGUUAUGUUAAGUAAACUACAACUAAUCAAACUUAAUUUUCCAAAUAUUACAUGUGUAAAUUAUUGUUUAUUACUAAUCUAAUACCUAUCAUUCAAAAGAACCCAACCUAACCUCAAAAUUUGCGUUUUCUUAUGCUUUAGUAACUAACGGGACUUAAUUUUCUAAGUACUUCGUGUGUAAAUGAUUAUUUUUUACUAAUUUCUUAAGGAUUAGUUGCCUGAAUGACUAUUCUAUGUCCAUCAAUUCAAAAGAAACAAAAGCUAACCUCAAAAUUUGCGUUUCUUCUGUUAUGUUAAGUAAACAACAACUAAUCAAACUUAAUUUUCCAAAUAUUACAUGUGUAAAUUAUUGUUUAUUACUAAUCUAAUACCUAUCAUUCAAAAGAACCCAACCUAACCUCAAAAUUUGCGUUUUCUUAUGCUUUAGUAACUAACGGGACUUAAUUUUCUAAGUACUUCGUGUGUAAAUGAUUAUUUUUUACUAAUUUCUUAAGGAUUAGUUGCCUGAAUGACUAUUCUAUGUCCAUCAAUUCAAAAGAAACAAAAGCUAACCUCAAAAUUUGCGUUUCUUCUGUUAUGUUAAGUAAACAACAACUAAUCAAACUUAAUUUUCCAAGUAUUUCAUGUGUAAAUUAUUGUUUAUCACUAAUCUAAUACCUCUAAUUCAAAAGAACCCAACCUAACCUCAAAAUUUGCUUUUCUCCUGUUAUGGUUCGUGGCAACACCUUACAAGAGGCGAACAAACAAUACAACGACCUAAAAACGAAGGUGAAACAGAAACUGGAGCUGCUGGACAUUGCCAGAUCUAAAUGGGAGAACGACGUGGGCGACGCCAUCAAGAAGUUCGACCGCGAGACACCAAUAGCCAUCGACGAACAGAAACGCAAAUUCGACGACAUCUUGAAGUCACUGUCGGCGAAAAACUCUAAGUGCGUACAAGAUAAACAGAAAUCCUUCGCCGACAUUUUGCAGUACGCCAAAAACUACGUGACGUGCAGCGGUCCAAUCGGCGCCUCCGCCAGCAAGGGGUACGGCCAACUGGCUGGCUAUUCCUACGGUGUGCUAGGUCGUGUGGAGGCGUUGGAGGAACAAAUUAAGAAGUGCAACGGAGCUGAUGGUUGUUUGAAGCUGGUCAUAGCCGACAUCAAGAAGUCCAGUGCCCUUAAAUCGUUGGAUGAGUACACACAAGAUGCUAAGAAGCUGGCGGAGGACAAGAAGAAGGAUUUGAAGACGAACUGCAAAGUGGUGGAGAAGUACAAGACAGACGGGGAUAAUUUGAUCAAACAGAUCAAAGCUUGUAUUGGUUAGAUUUAAUGAUUAUUGUAACUGUUUUUUAUAAAUAUUAAUUUUUUGUGCUUGCCUUGGUAUUUUGGCGAGUGACAAGAGAUCUCACAUAUUCCAACGUAUUAAUAAAGUUUAAUAAACAAAAACUAUUAAUUUAA